AGCGAGCGAGACAGAGAGCGAGAUGUAAGACAGCAGCUCUUCACUCACGCAAGUUUGCAGCUCGCAGGGAGAAUAUGGGGAUUCAUCUAUUUUAAGGUUGACAGAGUAUAGCCUACAUUUCCAUACCGAGGCUACAACGAGGAAGUCAGUCUUUAGGAGGCUUCAGAGGAACAAACAUCUGAAUUUGCGCUCACAUCAUCUUCAUCAUCCUCCGAUGAGGGAUAUAAAGAAGACAGAUAAGAAAAUGGAAGUGUAUUGUAAGGCGCUGCCGGGACGACAGGAGAAAAUUAUACUCCUCUUUUAUCUUCUUCUGUGGUGCAGGCCAAUAGCUGAAGCCAUUCAUCCGGACUGCGCCAUCGUCUCUCAGCACCUGAGGGCUCGGGAGGUUUGCAGCCAGACGAGGAGGAGCGAAGCGCAAAACCAGAGCGACCACAGCGGAUGUAACACAGAGUGGGACGAGAUCGGCUGCUGGCUGAGAGCUGAAAUCGGGCAAGUGGUUAACGUAUCAUGUUCUGAGGUCUUCCAGCAUUUCUCCAGCAAUCAAGGGUACGUUUACAGGAACUGCACGGUGGACGGCUGGUCAGAAAUGUAUCCACCGUAUGACGAGGCCUGUGCUUUCAGUGACGACAGCGAGCCUGAAUCUGAGACGACUUACCUCUCUACGUUCAGGCGGGUUUACACUGUGGGCUACGCCACCUCACUCAUCUCCCUCAUUACAGCCAUAGUGGUGUUCACAGCCUUCAGGAAGUUCCGCUGCACCAGAAACUACAUCCACAUCAACCUGUUCUCCUCCUUCGUCCUGAGAGCCAGCGCUGUUUUCAUUAAAGACACUGUCCUGUUUGCCGAUGAGACCCUGGACCACUGCUCUGUGUCCACGACAGCGUGCAAGUCGGCCGUGGCUUUCUUCCAGUUCAGCAUACUGGCCAAUUACUUCUGGUUGCUGGUGGAGGGCAUGUAUCUGCAAACCCUGCUGGCCCUGACUUUCGUCUCUCAGAGGAAAUACUUCUGGUGGUACAUCCUGAUUGGCUGGGGGCUGCCGUCAACGGUUCUCAUACUUUGGGUGUUGACCAAGUUCUUUUACGAUGACAGAGGUUGCUGGGAUGACACAGACAAUGUUGGUAUUUGGUGGAUCAUUAAAGGACCAAUAACAGCCUCACUGCUGGUCAACAUAGUCAUCUUUAUCAACGUGAUCCGGAUCUUGGCCCAAAAGCUUAAAUCUUCAGCGAUGGCCGGUAACAACGACACCGGACACUUUAUGAGGUUGGCUAAAUCCACCCUGUUUCUCAUUCCUCUGUUUGGGAUGCACUACACAUUAUUCGCCUUCCUACCCGAGAACACUGGAGUGGCAGCCAGACUUUACAUUGAGCUGGGCCUGGGAUCCUUUCAGGGUUUUGUGGUGGCACUGCUUUACUGUUUCAUGAAUGGAGAGGUCCAGACAGAGCUGCGGAGAUGGCUGAGGAAGUGUCACAAUCAAAAUCAUCUCACCCCAGCCAAGCGAAGUAUUACGCAGAUCUCAGUUCGAGCUCACAGGGGGCUCGGGCGGCCUCCUUCUAGCGGCAACAUCUCUUCAGUAUGAUUCCUAAAGAGACCAUCCACGAGAAACAAGUUGUUGUGAGAAUGUCAAGCAAACUAUCAGAGGCAGUCCUCUACCGGCUGAUGACAUUAAUUCAACAACCCCUCUGUGAGAGGAGCGUAAUGAACACUAAUGAGUGAUUGAGGAAAUGUUGCGUCAGGAUGCAUUAAAUCAGUGUCGACAGCAGCUACGACCAUGACAACACACAUUUCUGAGUUUCAGAAAAGUGUCUAUGAUGGUUGCAACCAAAGAAUAGUAAAAAGUAAAGGAACGCUGGUGCUUGAUUUGUUAGGAUGUCAUUAGGACACUGUGGAAGGACCGCAGUAGAGACAGAGCUGGCCCGGGAGCGUGCAGGAGGAUGAGGAGUACAAAUAUGAACAAAUGUUGAGACAGCUGUGGAAACUAUAGAUGUUUGAAUGUGGCUAAAUAACGCAAAAUGAGUUUGACUUCUCAAAUGGUCGUGUGCCGCACUGAAUAAUAUAUAUACGCUAUUGCGGUGCAGGCGGAAAAUAUGUUGAGGACUGAUACAGAGCAAAUGUGCAAAUUGAUUUUUGUGCAGGAUUUCGCUUCAGAGGCACCUGAGCACAUGUAUUUAAGGGUGUGUGUGCGUGUGUGUGCGUGUGUGUGAAACUGCCAUAUAUUAGGUACGUCACGUCUUAAAAUACUUCUUAUUUGGAGGAGUUGUCUGCUUCGAUGAGCCAUCUUUGAAACACAGUAUUUGUGAAUAUUAAUGAGAUUUUUUUUUUUUUCUUUACCUGUCAUUUUUUUAUGCCGUUGCCAGAUGUAGUAAUCCUAAUCUCUGGCUCAUUUGUUGCACUGCAGGAGAUACAAAAUUAACACGAAACAGUGAGCCAGGCGUUUACACGGUAAAAUGGCACUUAUAACUAUACGAAGCAUUUCUACUGACACGGUGAGAGUAUCUUAAGUUACACAUUGUGACUGGUAAUUAUGUAUAAUUAUAAUUCAAGUUAUAUCUGUAUUUGCAAAUACACUGUGUUGCUCAUUGUUUUCAAUAUUGGUGGAGAAAAAGUCAGAUUGGGGCAUCCCUUUUUUAUAUAUAGUUUUAUAGCCCAUGAUUAAAUCACUGUACUGUUCACUUGAGCACUUUGUGAGUACACGAUAUGAUUUAUUAAUGUUGCACUUCAUUUUACAUUAAAUAUACUGUAUUUCCAUUGUUGCUCUUUUGGGUCCGGUGAGGGUCGGUGUAGGGAAAAGCUCAGCAGAACAAUUAA